AUGGGAAAAAUCGCAAAGUUGGAGGCUGAUUUGGUUGACGGAAGGGAAAGAGAUCGAGAAUUGGAAAGGAAAAUCGCCGAGACGAAAAGGAAGAACGACGAUCUCGAAGCACAAUUAAGCGAGCAAAAUACGGAAGUGAGAGACGGAAAAGCCAAGAUUGGGGAGCUCGAAGGGAAAAUUACCGCGUUGCAGAGCAAAAACUUUGAUCUCGAAACCCAAAUAGAUCGUACGAUGACUUUCUUGGAUCUGGAUGGAUGGUCGUAUUUGGCAAAAACCGCUUCUUGGUACAAGGUUAUCGAUCAAGGAAUGACAUUUGAUGAAGCCGAGGCAUAUUGUGCGAGUCGAAAGAGCCAUUUAGUCUCCAUUCACAGUCAGGAAGAGAACGAUUUUGUUUGGGAACUCGCGAAAACUGUUGAUUCCUUGAAUUGGUUCUGGAUCGGAUUGAAGAGAAAUCCGAACAAAGGAAAUGCUUUUGAAUGGACGGAUGGAAGUUCAGUGGAUUACAUGAAUUGGAGAUCGGGAGAGCCGGAUUCGAGAGACCACGCUGCGCUUUGGAGCCACAAUGGGCAAUGGAGGGUCUGGUCUCCUACCGAUCAGCGUCCUUUUAUCUGCGGAAGGAGCUCUGAAUUC